ACCCAUGUAUUGAUCUAUAUAUUCCACAUGAUUAUUAUUUAUCGAUUAUUAAAGCAAUCACGAAUCCUGAUUUUCGAACCUGAUGGAUUAGUUAAUCCCAGCCCAGAUACACGGAUGACUAAUAACGUUACGCGGCAGCUACGCGUUAAACCCCCCAAGGAUAGGGAGCAUAAAGGAAUAAAAACAAACAUACGAAUAAAGGCACAAAAAUACGUCAGUCGCAUGCAGAUUAUUCACGACGCAGACUUCGGCGGAAUCGAACGGCUUCGAGUCCCACACGCUAUUCUGUUUUUCGUCACGACCCAAAAGCGAUUUUUCCUUCUCGAUACCUCGACCGCGAUACAAUAAGAUCGAAGGAUGGGAUCGAUCCAGCUGGUACGAAAGAUAUCGCUCUAGAAUGCAAAAUAUUAAUCAAGCCAUGAGUCACUGCGAAACGUUCGUACGAUCGGAGUUCCUCGUGCAGCUACACGUAAAUCAGCCUUGUUGUCGCGUCUUAAAAUAAA